AUGCAGUCGUACUGCUCCUCCCCUCCGCAGUCUUCUGUGCGGCACCAGACAGCCAUCGAUGCGGCCAGGCGAGCAGGCGUGAAACGGUUCUUCCCUUCUGAGUUCGGCGUGAGGACAAACCACCCUGCGUUUCACGAUAAUGUGGUCUUGUGUAAUAAGAAGUGGUCCCACAUCAAACACCUGGAAAAGACAAAGGAUGUCAUGAGCUGGACAGCUGUCUUUUGCAACCCCUGGAUCGACCACAGGGGAUGA